AUCACAACUCGAACAAAUUGUUUCUUUUCGUCCAGAUUGCGGAACUGCGAUCGCAUAAAGCCUGCCACUCUCUAGGAGCCCAAGGCGCCUCCUGAGACAUACACUUCACAACCCCAACAACGCGCGGUCUCCCGAAGUCAUCUGUUGACUUUCCUGUCACGUGUGCUCGGCUCAUGUUCAGUCUCCGGUUGACCCUUUAGUCCGACAUCAGAAAGCAUUGAAAAAUGCCUCCUCCAAAUUCUCCAGUCCAGCCUAAUGACGUCUCAGCUCCGGCAUUGAUCCCCGAUUCUUCUCUUCCUACCCCACACUUCCGAGAAGAUGACGAAGAUAUUGAAGACGACGCGAUUCGUACUAUCAAUUAUCAUCCAUUCGAUGUAAAGGAAGAGUUUGACGAACGGUUUGACCAAAUCAAACCUUUCGUACGACCAUUACCCUCGGCCUACAUUGAAGCACCACAAGCACGGUUCCAUGGACCUAUCUUGGAUACUGACGGCCAACCAUCUCAAAAUAUUGACACCUUGAGACUGGUUCACAAGAUCGAUUUCUCAGCGCUCGACUACCUAAGUCAUGUGGAUCAGAACCUUAUGUGCAGCAUCUGCCGUAUGGCUUUCUACAAACCCGUCAUGGCUCGUCGUUGUCUGCACUUGUUCUGCCGCUCUUGUUUGGACCAAGCUAUCAAGCAUAACGGAGCUGUUUGUCCAAUAGAUAGACGUUCCUUGGAAUUGCCUCCUGAUGUUUCCUCAGAAAAUGUUGCCGGUAGUUUCGUUAAGGCGCCUCAUGCUAUUCGCAACCAGGUUGAUGCUUUGAUCGUACAAUGCCCAGCUUGUCUCGACCAGGUCGUGCGCUCCGAAGUUGAAUCACACCUUGCAAACGAAUGCCCUGAAGCCUUGAUGUCCUGUCCUGGCAAGAACAAUGUCGAGAACUGCCAAUAUCAAAUUCUAAGAAAGGACCUUACCGCACGAUGCCUCCAUUACAUUGGCCGCUGCGACGACUGUGGUGAGAAGGUUCUUAUGAUUGACAUGAGACUCCACAAAAGGUACGAUUGCAAGGAGAGAAUGACAUCUUGUGCAUUGUGUGGAACUGAGUACAAUAAGUUCGACGCACAAGAUCAUCACGAUGAGUGUCCGGAGAUUGAAGCUAGUUGUAAGUGGGUUGACUUUGGCUGCACACAUCGCAUGGUGAAGAGAAGUUCCCUUCAAUCCCACGAGGACAACUGUAACUUCCGAUUCAUCGGCAACCAAAUCGAGAUGUUGACAACUCAAAUGUCUCACCUUAAGGUCCAGCUCAAGGACAGACAACGAAUAUCAGAUUCGAGAAUCGGGGUCCUGGAGUCUACCACACGAGAGACAGAGAAGAAUGUGAGGAGAUUCACCAGAGCUCAGAACGAGGAUUAUGCUACGCUGAUGGGACGAAACCCCCUCUCUGGCUUGUCCGAAGAUGUUGAUCCUGUUGUGACGACUUCUGAUUAUCAUAUUAUGUCCCUGUUGGAACGCCAGACAAACAGGAUCGAUCGAAUGGAAGCCAAUAUACAUGAGAUCGAAGCCAGCGUACGUGCAAGCGAGGCUAGAAGCACAACAACGAUCUUUAACGAAAUCAUACCUAUCAAGAACGAGGUGAUGGAGCUUCGUAGUUCGCAGCAAACUAAUGCCAUGCACACACGCUGGCUCAUGCAACUACGAUUGGCCGAAAACCGUCGCCGGGGUACUACGGUGGGUAGCAAUGCUGGUGGUGGUGGCGAAUCAAACAACAGUUCUCCGAUUGUCCCUCAUCGGUCCAGCGAUUCGCUCCAUCAACCACCUCGAUUGUGAAAUGGCACCGACAAAUUGGGCACAGGAUGGACGGGUGAAUGAAUGAUUGAUUGAAUGUUGGAGUCUUGUAUUGUGGGAACCAGGGUUGUAUAAUACCAAAAAACAGUUGUCUGUAGGGUGGCACCUACAUCUGCGAGCAAUAAACAAUGAAAUAAUG